AUGUCCACUGCUGAUCUCGAGAAAACCCCGCACGCGAUCGAGGCUGUGGGAACAGAAGGGACGAACAACGGGAACGCCUCACCGGCCUACCAUGCUGUUGGCGAGAAAGGUAGCGACCAGCAAGUCGAAAACGUUCUCGAACACGAGUUGACCGCUCACCUUGAACUACUCGAUGCGGCACAUCAGAAUGGACGUCUUGUCGUCGAGAUCGAAGAAGCCCGGCGCGAAUAUGGCGCGCAUGUUGCGGUAAAGUUCAAGCUUACUCCAGAUGGCAAAUAUAUUCUCUGGCCGCAGCCUACGGAGGAUCCGCGUGACCCACUGAAUUGGUCGUGGAACAAGAAGAUGCUUACACUCGUGGUCCUGACGAUGGCCUCGAUCGUCCCUGACUUCAACUCGAGCAUUGGAAUUGCGUGCUUGUUUCCACUCGCAGAACAAUUCAAUACCACUGUGAACCAUGUCAACAAUUUGACCUCGAACUGGUCCAUCUUUCUGUUGGGCCCGGGCGGUGUAGUCGCCGUGAUUCUCGUCAAUGUAAUCGGACGUCUUCCUAUCUUGUUCUGGUCCCAAAUCCUCGGAGUUGCCUUCCUGAUCGGAUGCACCGUGGCCCCAGAUCUGGCGACCGUUGCUGGUAUGCGAUGCCUCAGCGCCUUCUUCAGUACAGCACCCCAAGUCACUGGUCUAUUCAUCGUGCGCGAUAUCUUCUUCUUUCACCAGGAAGCUCGCAUGCUGAACGCCUGGGCAUUCGGAUUCGUCGUAUCCCCUUACUUGGGACCGUUCCUGUUUGGGUUCCUGGUUCAGAGACAAACCUGGCGCUGGGCUUAUGGAAUUGGUUGCAUAUAUGAGGGGAUUGUUGUUCUUCUCAUCGUCCUGUUCGUCGAAGAAACAUUGUACGAGCGCGACAGCAAAGACCGCCCUAAGAUCGAGACGGGCAUGUGGGCGCGCAUCAAGGCACUGGUUGGCAUUACUGGAUAUCAGCGUCGGCACUUUCAUAUGCCCUUCUGGACCUCAUUUUGGAGGCCCUUCCUUGUAAAUUUCCAACCUCAAGAAAUCCUUUCUCUUGCCUACGUCGCUCUGAACUUUGCAUGGGCAAUCGGAAUCAACACCACACUAGUGGUCUUCUUGCAGUCUCCUCCGCCAUUAGGCUAUUCGUUCUCUGGGGACGCUGUCGCUGUAUUCUAUCUGACUCCCAUCAUUGCAACGGUUUUGGGAGAAAUUGUGUCCCAUUACCUGCAAGAUUUCUUCACAAAUCGAUAUAUUCGGCGCCAUAAUGGUGUUUUUGAGCCAGAAGCACGACUUUGGAUGUGUUACAUCGGCUCGACACUGAACUUCGCAGGCUUGAUGUGCCUUGGUGGGACAUUACAAAACCAUGCUAGCAUUGCCGGCUUGGUGUUUGGAUGGGGCCUAUUCACACUUGGCAUGAUGAUCAUUAUCUCUGCUAUGUACACCUACAUGUCCGAUGCCUUCCCUGCAUAUCAGGGUGAAGUCAGCUGCCUUUUCAAUCUCUGGCGUACCUUUGCAGGGUUUGCAGUGGCGUACUUCCAGGUUCCAUGGUCAGAGAAAUCAGGCGCACUAGUCGUAUUUGGGUGUGAAGCCGCCAUUGUCGUCUUUAUUUUUGUCGCAGUUGUGCCCAUUUUGCAGAUCUGGGGCAAAGCCAUACGAACCCGCUUCUCCAGCCUAAGUGGACAUUGA